UAUUUGCAGACUGUGGGUAAGAGUAGCAAGAUGCUGCAGCACAUUGACUAUAGAAUGAGAUGUAUCCUGCAAGAUGGAAGAAUCUUCAUUGGCACUUUUAAGGCUUUUGACAAGCAUAUGAAUUUGAUCCUCUGUGAUUGUGAUGAGUUCCGGAAGAUCAAGCCAAAGAAUGCAAAACAGCCAGAGCGUGAAGAAAAGCGGGUUUUGGGUCUGGUCUUGCUACGUGGAGAGAACUUGGUAUCCAUGACUGUGGAGGGUCCACCUCCUAAAGAUACUGGUAUUGCUCGUGUUCCACUUGCUGGAGCUGCAGGUGGCCCUGGGGUUGGGAGGGCAGCUGGCAGAGGAGUACCAGCUGGUGUGCCUAUUCCACAAGCUCCUGCUGGAUUAGCAGGUCCUGUCCGAGGAGUUGGAGGUCCAUCCCAGCAGGUCAUGACUCCACAGGGAAGAGGCACUGUAGCAGCUGCUGCAGUUGCUGCCACUGCCAGCAUUGCUGGAGCUCCAACACAGUACCCACCAGGGCGUGGGACACCUCCUCCACCUGUAGGCAGAGCAACACCACCUCCAGGAAUUAUGGCUCCUCCACCUGGUAUGAGACCACCCAUGGGCCCACCAAUUGGCCUUCCCCCGAAUCCAGGAACACCUAUAGGCAUGCCCCCUCCAGGAAUGAGACCCCCACCACCAGGAAUUAGAGGCCCACCUCCCCCAGGAAUGCGUCCACCAAGACCCUAA